ACAAGCUGCUCAUUCAUGGAUCGACCUGUUCAUAUUAUCUAUGAACCUUGGACGGGCGUGUGAAGGUGCCCGAGAAACGAGAGUUGAUUUUUAAAAGUUAAGGGUAGCUGUUAGUUUAAAGCUUUCGUGACCUGUUUCAUUCAUUCGUGAGUGAACUGUUGAUUCUUGUAGAUUUUAAAAACAAUAUUAAUAUACAUGUAUACAUCUACAUCUAUAGCCACAUAUAUUUAUAUUCGUAUUUAUAAUUCAUCUAUACAAAUAAAUAUAAGUUUAUAAGUUUUUUUUUAAAUUUUAAUUAUCGAAUUCGAGUGUUUUUAGUGCUACAUAUUUAUAUUAAAUCCUAAUUGCUUAUAAUUUAUAUAAAUGACGAGAUUUAUUUAUUGAUAAUUGAUGAAUAUGAAAUAUAAUAAUUGAAAAGUUCUUAUUUAUUGAUUAAAUAGAUAUUAAAAAAUACGUCCUGAGAUUCUGCGCUCGAGGAUUCUUUGUUGAAUAUUUCAUAUAUUUUUGUUGAUAAAUUUUUUGUUUAAUAAUUGUUAAGUUAUUUUUAUUAAUUAAUUGUUUAAGUGGUUGUAGUAACAGGUAGUGUAAAAGAAAUCGAUUGAUAUAAUGAAAUGCUGAAUGAACAUAUUGAGGACUUUAAACAAAUUAUGAUUGAAUUUUAAUUUACUUGAUUUAAAAAAAAAAAAGUAAAAGUGUUCUUUCGAGGGAGAAGCAGCCCGGCGAGCGAAGAAGCUCCGGGAUUUGAGCAACAGGAAAAGGAAAGCUCGAUGCCAGAGGCUUCGGGGUCCGGGGUCGGGCUGGGAGUGAUGGGAGUGGCCGACGAGCAGGAUUACUCGACCUUCGAAAAUAGAACGGGUCUCGCUGAGGAUAUGAAGUUCCUGGCGAGCAUGCCCGAGCUUUGUGACGUGACCUUUCUCGUCGGUGACACCAGGGAGCCGGUUUGCGCGGUGAAGGCCGUUCUCGCUGCUCGCAGCAGAGUUUUCCAUAAAAUGCUCUAUCAGGCGCCGAGCCCACAACGCAAAAAAGAACCGCAAAAAGAUAAAUUGAGAUUUUUUCUCAAAAGAAGCUCCGAGCCACUCUUAAAUUUACAGAAUGCUGCUCAACAGCGUUCAGGUUACACCCAGCAGUUGGCACCCAUACAAGAGCCGCAAUCAAAUCAGCAUCACACCCUCAUUAUCGAAGAAUUUGAACCAGAUGUUUUUCGGCAACUUAUUGAGUACAUUCAUACUGGAUCUGUAACACUGCAACCUAGAACUUUAUUAGGAGUAAUGAAUGCAGCUGAUUAUUAUGGAUUAGAUGAAUUAAGAAAAGCCUGUGCUGGAUUCGUACAAUGCUGCAUUACCGUUGAUACUGUUUGUGCACUUUUAGCGUCUGCUGAACGUUAUAUCCAGUACAAAUGCACAAAAACACUUGUGCAAAAGGUUCUAGAAUUUGUAGACGAACAUGGAAAUGAAGUAUUGAAUCUUGGAUCAUUUACACUUUUACCACAGCAUGUCGUUAGAUUAAUUUUAGCUCGCGAAGAAUUACGAGCUGAUGAAUUCACUAAAUUUCAGGCAGCAUUAAUGUGGAGUAAAAAAUAUUGCGAUAGUAAUUCAGGUAUACCGUUACCUGAUGUAAUAGGUAAUUUUCUAGAGUACAUACAAUUUCAUAAAAUACCUGCGACAAUGUUAAUGAAAGAAGUGCAUCCACUGGGACUGGUACCUAAUACUACAAUUAUGAAUUCACUGGCUUAUCAGGCAGACCCCUCCAGUGUCGACGUCGGAAAACUUUCUCCCUACAGAGUGAGAAAACACGGUCGCAGUAUGUCUGUGCAAUCAUCAUUGGAUCCGUACGGCAGCAACACAACCUUGAGCUCCUGCGGAAGCGACGUCGGAUCGGAUCAGAAGCAAAAUUCGGGUAGCAACUAACCUACGGCUCCGGUCGCGACUUUAGCGACCGCCACGGACGAAACCACCGUGAACAACAACAAGCUCGACUCUGCUCCACCACCAGCGCUCUUGCCGAUAUCAACAACAACAAUAACAACAACAACAGAAACUUGUGCAAUAAUUGAGUCAGAUAUUCAAGUAGUAGUACAGUCUCCAGCUCCAACUAUGCCUGAAGAUCAGCAGUCUGAGCUUGAACAGAUUCAAGAGGUUAAAGACAUCUCCGUGGAUUUUGAACUACAUGAUGAAAAAAAUAAUAAUGUUUUUAAUUAUCAGCAACAAAAACAAGUACAAGAACAUCAACUAGAAAUAGAAUUAAAUAAAGAAGAAGAAGAAACACAAAAUUUUAGUGAUGAAAAUUAUCAAAAUGAUUUAUUGACUCCGACGAUGAUACUUACACGUCAGGAUAAUGUUAUUGAGGACGACGGAAAUGUUGACAGAAAUAACGGACUGUAUAUACGAUUUGUUAUAAAACAAGAUGGUCAUCCCGAUUUAGUUUGGCUUUAUAAAACUCACAAGUUUUAAAUUUAAACUAUUAAUUAUUAUUGAAUAUUAUCGUUUAUUUAAUAUUAUUUAUAUUUAUAAAUCUAAACGGGGGAUACCCUAUUAAUCUAAAGCUGAACCACCUGACAGCGAACAGAAAGGCUUAUUAUUAUCAUAUAUGGAAUUACAGAUAUCAUAAGAGCGUAUAAUAUUGUUAAUCAUAAGAGUUUCUAAAAUUAAUGCGAAUAAAAAAAAUAUUUUUUCUUUAUCCCUUAGUCGAAAGUACGCACUUCCCUCCCUAAUUUUAAGGCCUAAAGUCUUAUUUCCCUCUCCUGGUGGAGUUACAUGCGCGUCACUUUUGUCGCCGGGAGCAAAAAAUUUUUUCGGGCCUACAGAAACAGCCGGUUGCUGCCAUCUAGUGAUCGUCUACCACUUUAUAAAUAAAAUUUUUCACGAUAACGUCGUAGAUCGUUGCUUUAUAUAUGCGUCAGUAUUUUUGUGUCUCGUUGUACGUAAUAUUUUAAUUAAACAGUGUAAUUACAAUGAUAAGAUAAAUGAAAAAGUUUCAUCGGAUGAAUCUAUGGACGAGGAUGAGGUGAUAAAAGAUUUUGAUGCAGAGGCGAAGUUAAUUAUUGAAAGUUUAUGUAUUUAUUUAUAUAUUAUUUAUUGGCAGGAAAAAAAUCUUGUUUAUAGGCAUAAAUUUAUUUCUUUUGAAAAAAAAUAGUUAUUUUUUAUUUUUUAUAAGUAUAAUUAUGUCUUUUUUUUUGUUUUGUUUUUGAUGCCUGCCCCCGCCGACCAGACGCACUCGCUUCGCUCGUGCUUUCAAAUGUCGCGGGGCAGGCAGCAAAAACGCAACAAAAAAAAAAAAGAGAGACGGAAAAAAAUUAAAGUUUUAUGUAUGUCCGAAAGAGGCGCGUCAAUAGGGAGCAAAUAAAAAAAACAUGGCCGACCUGUCAGCUGAAGGCAGAACGUGGUUGUAUUGUUCAUAGUAUUCAAAAAUGUAAUUAAUAAACGUACUUUCGACCAGGUAUAAAGAAAAAUCGUAUACACCACACGGGAAGAUAGUUGAAAGCCCUGCCCUGUGUGUCAUGAUGCCCUCGGCUUCGCCUCGGGCAUCUUAUCACACAGGGCAGGAAUUUCAACUUUCUUCCCUUGUAGUGUAAUAUACUAUUAACCCCAAGGUGUCAUAAGGACUGUUCAUAUAUUCGAGUAAUUGAUGGAUUUACUCACAGUAUGACAAAUGAAAAGAAUAAAUUUUUUUAAUUAAUUGUUAAAUUCAUAUUAAUUUUUUUAUACGCUCUUAUGAUAAUUUUAUUUUCAUUCGCAUAAAUAUUUUUUACUGUUCAUCGAUUUAUAUAAAGAGUAACAAUUAUUUUUCUAAUUUUUUGAAUUUGUAUACUCGGAAAACCUUAAAACAAACCGCCAAUUUGAUAGCGAUGAAAGAUUUUUAGAGCUUCGGAGGUCAUAAAAUUUUUUAAAUUAUGAAAAUAGCUGUUUAUUUUAUUUUUAUCAAUUUUAUUAUGAAAUAUCAUUGAGUUAUUGAUAAACAUCCGCCAAUGAAGGUUUUUAAAAUUUAAAACGGCUACUUAGUAGUUAUAUUUUUCGUUUUAUUAGAUUGAUAUAUCUAUCAAUCACUAAAUAAAAUUGAAUUAUGAAAAAAAUGAUUAAAAAAUCAGCUAUUUUUAUAAAACUUCCGAUUUCGAAAUUCGCACCUAAAAAUUGCCCGCGAAUCGGAGGCACUUUACUUCGAUGAUAAUUAGAAUAUUUUAAGGUGUCUGAAAAAUUUGAAAAAUGAGGAAAAUAAUUGUGAUAACAAUUGAUGCGUACGUUUGCUCUUGUACCACUUGAAGGGUAUUUUUAUUUAGAAUACGCUCUUAUAAUAUAUGUAAUACGAUACAUUCAAAGCCUUAUGACACCGCUUUGUUCUUAAAAAAUGUUCUAAAUUAUGUAUAAAAAUAUUUAUAUAUAUAAUUACAUAUCCGUCGAUUGUAAUGAAAAUAAUUAUAUCAUAUGUAUAUCAAUGCCGAAAAAAAGACUCGAAUUAUAUAUUUGAUACUACUGCGAGCUAAGAAAAUUUACAAUUAUUGAUUAGUAAAGUUUUAGAAUUUUUGUUCCAUCGUUUUAGUUUUUUUUUCGUUUCAUAUGUAUUUACCAUUUUAAUUAAACGUAAAGUUAAUUAACAAAAGUAUUAAUACUGUUGAAAAAAUAAUUAUAUUUAUCGGUACUUGGUGCCAACUGUUACUAUUUCUCGCGAGGACUAAUCCGAAUUUCUGUCCUGCUAAAAAUAUAUUGAUACAUAAUUAAUAAAUACUAGCUUAACUUAAUUAAUUAAAUACCUAAGGAUAAAAAAAUUGAGCAAAAAAAUUUUUGGCUUAACGUUGCUACCCAUUAUAUAAAAAUCGUUGAUGAUAAAAUCGAUAGAAAGUAUUUGGUUGAUAGUCAUAGUCACAGUAAUUUGAGGGCGUCUUCUCGACAACCAUCGAAUUGGUAUUAUAUACUCAACUUAUUUAAAUAAAUACACGUUAGAUAUCAUUAUCAUUAUAAAAUAUAUACAUAUACAUAUAUAUACAUGUAUAUAUAUAUAUAUAUAUAUAUAUAUAUAUAUAUAUAUAUAUAUAAAAAUGUAUAUAUGUAUAUAUAUAUGUAUAUAUAUAAAUGUGAAGAAAUAGAUGUUAAAUAUUUAAAUGUCGCUAUCUAUGGGAAACUCUAUGACGCCCUAACAACUUUCCUACCUCAAUAUUUUCGGUACUCCCGAAGACAUCGGUGCCCGUUAUACAUAUAUAUAUAUUAAAAAACAAAGAAAAAUGACUUAUUAUUAUUUUUUUUUAAUAUUACCUUGUAAAAAAAAAGUUACAAUAAUUAUUGUGGAUUUAGCUGACAUAUUAAUUACUUUAUAAUUAAAUCAUUAAUGUUAUGUAAAGUUAAGAAGUGUAGGGUCAAAUGGUCUGAAAUUUUUUUGAGAUAAUAUGAAUCUUAAAAACAAUAGUUUUUUUUACAAUGAAUUGACCACUUUAUACUGGUCAUAUUAAUUUACUCUUCAUUUGUUAUUUUUAAAUAUUAAAAUUGAAAGGUAAAAUUUAUAGAAGUAAUGAAUGACCUUUUUUGCACGCACUGAUAGGAUGAUUUCUUAGCAUUUAAGAAACCAUUUCUUAAACAUAAUUCUUUUGUAUUUAACGAAUAUUUCUUACUAUUUAAGGUAUGAUUUUUUAAUAGUUAAGAAAUCAUUGCUUAAGGCCUGAUUUCUUAACUAUUAAUAAAUCAUUUCUUAAAUAGUAAGAAAUAUUCGUUAAAUACAAAAAAAAGAUGUUUAAGAAAUGGUUUCUUAAAUACUAAGAAAUCCUUCUAUCAGUGCGGAUUAUUUUUAUUAAACAAUAAUCACAGUCGACACAAUUUAAAGUGAAGUAAGAUAAGAUAUUGAAUACUUCAGCAAAAGUAAGCCAUUGAAAAUUUUUUAUCAGUUUAAAUUUCCAGGUAUCAAUUUUUCUUUCAUAAUCGACCAUUUUAUCUCACAUUUCUAAAACUAUCUUAAAAUGAUAAAAAUACGCUUGUUAAUGUUUUAAAUAUAAAACAAAUAAAUAAUAUUUUAAUUGUAAAUUUGACUGCGUGUCUAAUACAAAAUAAUUAUAAUAAUAUAUAAAUAUAUUGUCGGAGUAUUUUAUAUCGUUAUAAUGAUUACAUAAAUUCAACUAUAUUACUUACAAUAAAUAUAAAAUAAUAAUAAAAAAUCAAAUUAUAAACAAAUUAAAGCUGUUAUUUGUUUGGAUAAAGUAUACUUGACAUCGAUUUUAAAAUUUGAUGUAAACGCUAGUAAAAUGCUUGUUAAUCUUAUAUAUAAAGAGUAAUAUAUAUUAAGAAAAAAAAUAUAUAUACAUACACACAUACAUUUACAUAUACAUAUUAAUAAAUUUAAAAAAUAUGCAAUAUAUAUAUUAGGGUGGCCCAAAAAAACCGACUAUUUUUUUUUUUUUUUGAGUCUCUUAUGAAAAUUUGUUGAUUUAAGAUGUUUAAAAAAGCUUCUCCAAAAAUCAGCUCGAUAAAAAAUUUUCAAGAGGUCGCUCACGAAUUUUGAAAAUAUCAAAAAUGAUCGAAAUUCGAAUUUUUUUGUUCUAAAUUACUUCUUUCUCGUGGCAGCUAUAGUUUAUAUUUACGAAAUCAUGACUGCGCUGAAAAUUUCAGCCCAAAAUUAAAAUAUUUAAACGUCGCUCAAGAAUUUUUAAUGUUUCCGAGUACUGUCUCUUGGAUAUUUUCGAGCGACCCUUGGAUAUUAAUAAUAAAGCUUCUCAAUUUUUUCACCAUCAAUAUGUAUCAUAAUGAAUAAAAAUACAACCCGAGAAAUAUAAAUAAUAAGUUAUUUACAUACUUUUUUGUUUUUUUAAUUCAAUUUUAAGGUUUUUUCGCUUAUUCAAAACUUACCCAAUUUUAUUGUUUAAGACUGUCCUGUAUAUUUUCGGUUAUGCAAAAGUUACAUUUAAGUGAAAUGUCAAUAAUUGAGUUAUAAAAAAAUACAAAAACUAAUUCAAAGUAUUAGCUACAUAUUAUCAGUUAAUAUUCAAAAUUCUUGAGCGUCGUUUCAAUAUUUAAACAUUGGGCUGAAAUUUUCAGCAUAGUCAUCAUUUUAUAGAUAUAAAAUAUUGCUGCCACGAGGAAGAAAAAAUUUAGAAACAAAAAAUCCGAAUUCCAAUCAUUUUUGAUAUUUUCAAAAUUCGUGAGCGACCUUUCUAAAAUUUUUAUUCGAGAUGAUUUUUGGAGUGGCCUCUUAAAACAUCUUAAACCAACAAAUUUUUAUAAGAGACUCGAAAAAAAAAUAGUCGGUUUUUUUGGGCCCUAAUAUAUAUACACUAGACUGUUAUUGUAAAACUUUUUUUUUUAAUGCUUUGUUAAAAAUUAUUUAGUACACCCGGGUAAAAAAUAAAACUUGUUUCAGACUUUGUUUAUCAACUCAAAUUUAGAACCAUUUUUCACAAGACACACUCGACUUUUUUUUAUGGAUCCUCAUUUCCAGAUAUGAAAUACAUUUCGUUUUCGCCUUGAUUUAAGACGAAAAAUUCAAAAUCAAGUCAAAAUUGACUUAUUUGACGUAAAUUAUAAGUCAAAACUAAGGUGAAACGCGAAAAACACAUUUUACACUAACAAAUAGUAAUUGCUUUUGACUUGGUUGAGCAAGUCUGAAGUAAGGCGAAUAAAUAACGUUUUUUCGACGUGGUUUAGCGAGGCAAAGUAACGUGAAUGACUUUUAUGCUUGAAGUGAUGAUGAAUAAGUUCUAAUUAAGAUGAAAAAACUCUAAAAGUUGACAAAAAUUUUAUUCAAGUCGAAAAAGUCGAUAUCUUAUCACAAAAUCGUUGGCAAAUCGAUAACUUCUCAAGAAAAUAAGGUGAAACGAGUCUGAAUCAAGUUUUGUUUUUGACCCGGGUAUAAGGUAAGAGACCCAGUACCCGAUCCGGCAACUAGUACCCGAUCACAUAUGUAUUUGUACAUCUAUAUUCAGUAAAAUUUAGUAAAUAUGUAUAUACAAAUACAUGAGUGAUCAGGUACUAGUUCCCUGAUCGGAUAUUGGGUCUCUUACCAUACAAUAUUAAAAACUUUUUCGAAUUUCAAGGAUAAUUGUCAUGGAAAAUUAAUCAAAUAUUCAUUAGAAUUAUGUUCUCUACGAAGUUACGUACUACAGUAUGGUUGAUAGAUAAUUAUUUUCCAUACUUUCAUGACAAAUUACAUAAAAUGAGCGGCAUUUUAAUUUCUAAUUAACGGUUAUGGAGAAUGUUUUCUCGACAAAUAAUUUUUGACAGUAUCAAAAAAAAAAAAAAAAAAAAUGAGUCUAAUGUAUAAAGCAUGUUACGCCAAAUUUGACGGUUUGGAAAAUGUUAAUUCUCUUGUAACCAUUAAAAACGGUGUACGAGUAAAUUUAAAAAUUUUUUUUGGUGACCCGGGUUCAAAAAAUAACUUAAAUUUGACUUUUUUGUCACAAAUGGAUACUAGGUCAAGUUAGCCAAAAGCAAGUAAAAACUAAACUAUUGUUUUUUUAUCCAUUAUUGACUUGUUUUUGAAUAACUUGACCUACUUAGUAUCGAUGCAAGUCGAAAAAGUCAAAUUUAAGUUAUUUCUUGGAUCCAGGGACUCGUACAAGGGAUGUUGUUUUUUUUUUGUUUUUUGUCCAUAACUUCUUGAAAAAUUGGCCGAUGCAUUGAAAAAAAAUAGGCGCUGCAACAGGACGCGGUCCUGUGGAAGCAACAGGUCAAAAUCCUGUUGAAACUUGUUCCUUAUUUUAUCUAUUCGAUAGGAAAAAUCCUGUUGCUGCAAUAGAAUUUUGUCUUGUUGCAGCCACAGAGUGUGUCCUGUUGCUGUAACAUGAAAAUCCUGUUGCUGCAACAGGAUUUUAUCCCGUUGCUCUCACAGGAUGUGUCCUGUUGCUGUAACAUGAAAGUCCUGUUGCUACAACAAGAUUUUGUCCUAUUGCUUCCACAGGACUGCGUUCUGUUGCAGCACCUAAUUUGUUUUUUCCGUGUGGAACUGAUUUUUCUUAAAUAUUAUUGAAAGUAUUUUUACCCGAUUGUUUAGUUUUAUAAUUCGAAUUUUUUUUUUUUUGUAUCUUUCUUUAUUUUUUAUUUUUUUAUUUUUAAUUCAAACUUCUAUCUUUUACUCUAUUGUUAAGAGCAGUCUAAUCUAAGAAUCUUAGAUUACCAUUUCUUCAAGUUAAAACUAUCGAUGAGAUCACAGAAUCGUUGGCUUUAAUUAUCAUUUAUGGAAAAAUCAAAUUUUUCAAAACUAAAAUGAAAAAAAAUUAUUUCUAAGAGCCUCCAAUCAAACUGGUUUUAAAAAUUAAUACGCUUGCGAAAGCGUAGGUUAAAACCUUUUCAAAAAAAUUAAAAAUACCUCCAGUUAAAAUAAUUAUUGGAAUUUUCAAACUAAAAAAUCGAGGGUAAAAAUCUAUUCCAUGAUUUUUUUAAUUUUCUAUCGAAAAGUACAUGAAGAAACGAAAAAUUUGAAAAAAAAUCAUCUCAUUUGGUCCAUUUUUCUAAAAGUUACGAACAGCAAACCAUAAAAAGUUAUCUUUUUAACAAUUUAACAAAAAAUUCGAAAAUUAACCUAAUAGUAGGUUAUUUUCUAUUAACUAUUAAAAUAGAUGCAAAAGAAUACUUUAAGAAAUCAAGCCAAUAAAAAAUAAAGUUUUCCAAGCCAUUUGAUUUAACAUGAACUGUCCUAUAUAUUGUUUCAAUAUUCUACAGUUAUAUAUAUAUUUUUUUUUAUUUAUUCAUAAAUGAUAAAAUAAAAACUGGCUUCUGCGAAGCAAUUACAAUCAAAUGAAAUCCAUUACCAUACCAAUCAAUCAUAAAAAUGUAUUUUAUUGUUAUCAUUAAUUAUUAAUCAAUAAUUAUUAUUGCAAAAGAACAAUAAAUUAAAAAAAAAAUUACAUGAAUAGUUCGCUAAGCGAAAUAAAAAUGUACCUAAUGUUCGAUCUCUAUACAUAUAUCGUGAUAUAAUAAAUAUAUAUUUAAAACAAAAUAAUAAUG